UUUGGACAAGCCUAUGGCGCAUCCGGCGGGAGGGGGUAUAAAAUGAUGGGGCUAGCUCUCCAUCGACGCAGUUUAAAGCCACUUUAAUUUCGGAUAAUUAAAUUAAAAGGCAGGAUGACUCCUCUGUUUAACCUCCUUUUAGUUUUGGCGGCAUCAUCCUCAGUGAUUGCCAUGCCUCGUGGUAGAACUAUGCCAGAACCAAGGCCAAUGCCAGAACCUAUGGGAAAUCAAAUGGGAAAUCAAAUGGCAAGACCUGAGCCAAUGUCUAUGGGCGCUCGUCCAAUGGGAAAUGGCCAACAAAGAAUGACAAUGAAUGCAGCACAGAGCAGAAUGGCACAAAUGCCAAUGAUGCCUAUGAAUGCAAAUUCGAUGAACAUGCGAAUGGCCAACAUGGGACAGAUGCAAAUGGCGAACAUGGCUAACAUGGCAAUGCGUCAGAUGCAGAUUAACUCCAUGCGCAAUGCAGGAAACCAAAUGAACAAAAACGGCGGAGCUGGAGAAGGCGCCGCUGCUGGAGGUGAGGGCGCCGCUGCUGGAGGUGAGGGCGCUGGUGCGGCUGGCGGUGAAGGCGCCGCAGGUGGUGGUCCACCGCCGCCCGACGAUAUGGAAGGUAUGGCCGCCCUCGCCGCAGGUCUUCCUCUGGAUGAUGCUCCCCCAGCCGGAGCCGGAACCCACGCUCAACCAUCAAUCCCAAAGAUGCCAACACCUAUGGUUGCCAUCCCAGCUCCAAUGAUGACUCCAAUGACCAUGAUGACAAUGCCAGGCGCCAUGGUAGGCGCGGGUAAUGCUGGUGCCAUGGGAAUGCCGAUGAUGCCAGUCAAUGGGAUGAUGCAAAUUAAUGGAAUGAUGCCAGGCAGUGGAAUUAUGCCAGCAAAUGGAAUGAUGCCCGCCAAUGGGAUGAUGCUAGCCAAUGGGAUGAUGCCCGCCCAUGGAAUGAAUGCAGCCAAUGGAAUGAAUGUAGCCAAUGGAAUGAAUGCAGCCAAUGGAAUCAAUGGAAUGAAUGUAGCCAAUGGAAUGAAUGCAGCCAAUGGAAUGAACACAGCCAAUGGAAUGGUGUCUGGUGCAGGAGCUGGUAACAUGAUGAUGCCAAUAAUGAUGCAAAUUGCGGCACCAUCUGGUGCAGGUGCAAUGAAAUCUACCCUUACAGGCAUGGUCACUGGUAUGCCAAUGGUAAUAAUGCCCAUGGCUGCACUGAUGGGAACCGGAAUGAUGCCAAUGGGUAUGGGAGGAAAACAAGCACCAAUGCACAAAAGACGAUACAGGAGAGCGGCAGCAUAUCCACCGAUGGAAGGUAUGAACAUGGGCAACAAAAUGAACGCUCCAAAUGGCAACAUUAGACAAGGAAGGAACAUGGCAAACAUGAUGAAUGCAAUAAAAAUGUCCCAAAUGAACAUGAAUGCAAUAAAUGCUGCAAAUAGUCAACAGAACAUGGGCAACAUGAUGAACGCAAACAUGGAUGACAUAGUGAAAAUGCAACAGAUGCAGAAUAUGGAUGACAUGGUGAACAACAUAAACAACAUCAUGAAUGCUUUCAAUGGUCCACAGAACAUGGGCAACAUGAUGAAUGCAGGAAUGGAUGAUGCAAUGAAAAUGCAGAAAAUGGACGAUAUGAUGAAAAUGUCACAGAUGCAGAAUCAAGUGAACAACAUUAUGAAUGGUCCAAGGAAUACAGAAAACGAGAUGCAACAAUUAAACAACAUGAUGAAUGCUGCCAAUAGUCAGCAGAAUAUGGGCAACACAAUGAACACAGUUGAUGAUGUGAUGAAAAUGAACCAGAUGCCAAAAAUGGACGAUAUGAUGAAUCAAAUGAACAACAUGAUGAAUUCAAAUAGAGGUCCACAGAACAGAGGAAAUGUGAUGAACCAAAUCAGCAAUAUGAUGAAUGUUGCAAAAGGUUCACAGAAUAUGGCUAAUACAAUGAAUGCAGUGGAUGAUAUGAUGAAAAUGUCGCAAAUGCAAAAUAUGGACGACAUGGUAAACCAAGCAAGCAACAUGAUGAAUGCUAGAGGUCAGCAAAUGGACGACUUGACUGUUGCAAGUAUGAAUGACAUGAUGAAAAUGACAAAUAUGGCAAAUAUGAUGAACCAAAUGACAAAUGCAGCAAACAAUCAAGGUAGCAUGAAUUCAAAAAUGAACAAUAUAAUGAAUUCUGCAAGCAUGCAAGGAGCCAUGAAUAUGAACAACGCAAUGCUUGCACCAAAUAACAAUGGAGGUCAAGGAGCUAUGGGGGCCAUAAUGAGGGCAUGCAUGAACAUGAUGAAUGGAAUGAAUAAUGUUAAUAUGCAAAUGAUGCCUGAACCAAUGCCAAAUAAUAACAAUUCUCCAGCACCAAACAACAUGAACAUGGGAAUGAACAUGAUGCCUUCCAUGCCAGAACCAAUGCCAAACAACAAUAAUUCUCCAGCACCAAACAACAUGAACAUGGGAAUGAACAUGAUGCCUUCCAUGCCAGAACCAAUGCCAAACAACAAUAAUUCUCCAGCACCAAACAACAUGAACAUGGGAAUGAACAUGAUGCCUUCCAUGCCUGAACCAAUACCAAACAACAACAACUCUCCAGCACCAAACAACAUGAACAUGGGAAUGAACAUGAUGCCUUCCAUGCCUGAACCAGUGCCAAACAACAACAAUUCUCCAGCACCAAACAACAUGAAUAUGGGAAUGAACAUGGGAAUGAACAUGAUGCCUUCCAUGCCUGAACCAAUGCCAAACAACAAUAAUUCUCCAGCACCAAACAACAUGAACAUGGGAAUGAACAUGAUGCCUUCCAUGCCUGAACCAAUGCCAAACAACAACAAUUCUCCAGCACCAAACAACAUGAAUAUGGGAAUGAACAUGGGAAUGAACAUGAUGCCUUCCAUGCCUGAACCAAUGCCAAACAACAAUAAUUCUCCAGCACCAAACAACAUGAAUAUGGGAAUGAACAUGAUGCCGUCCAUGCCUGAACCAAUGCCAAACAACAACAACUCUCCAGCACCAAACAACAUGAACAUGGGAAUGAACAUGAUGCCUUCCAUGCCAGAACCAAUGCCAAACAACAACAAUUCUCUAGCACCAAACAACAUGAACAUGGGAAUGAACAUGAUGCCUUCCAUGCCUGAACCAAUGCCAAACAACAAUAAUUCUCCAACACCAAACAACAUGAACAUGGGAAUGAACAUGGGUAUGAACAUGAUGCCUUCCAUGCCUAAACCAAUGCCAAACAACAAUAAUUCUCCAGCACCAAACAACAUGAACAUGGGAAUGAACAUGAUGCCUUCCAUGCCUGAACCAAUGCCAAACAACAACAACUCUCCAGCACCAAACAACAUGAACAUGGGAGUGAACAUGGGUAUGAACAUGAUGCCUUCCAUGCCUAAACCAAUGCCAAACAACAAUAAUUCUCCAGCUCCAAACAACAUGAACAUGGGAAUGAACAUGAUGCCUUCUAUGCCAGAACCAAUGCCAAACAACAAUAAUUCUCCAGCACCAAACAACAUGAACAUGGGAAUGAACAUGGGUAUGAACAUGAUGCCUUCCAUGCCUGAACCAAUGCCAAACAACAACAACUCUCCAGCACCAAACAACAUGAACAUGGGAAUGAACAUGAUGCCUUCCAUGCCAGAACCAUUGCCAAACAACAAUAAUUCUCCAGCUCCAAACAACAUGAACAUGGGAAUGAACAUGGGUAUGAACAUGGGAAUGAACAUGAUGCCUUCUAUGCCAGAACCAAUGCCAAACAACAAUUCUCCAGCACCAAACAACAUGAACAUGGGAAUGAACAUGGGUAUGAACAUGAUGCCUUCCAUGCCUGAACCAAUGCCAAACAACAAUAAUUCUCCAGCUCCAAACAACAUGAACAUGGGAAUGAACAUGAUGCCUUCCAUGCCAGAACCAAUGAUGAUGAACAUGAUGCCACCUACAAUGAACAAUGAUAACAUGAUGAAUGGCAUGAAUAAUGGAAACAGUAAUAGCAUGCCACCUAUGCCUGAACCAAUGCCAGUGAAUAACAUGCCAUCCAUGAAUGGAAUGAAUAUGGCUAAUAUGGGAAUGAUGCCAUCCAAUUCUGCAAAUUCUAUGAAUAACAUGCAGUCAUCUGCCAAUAACAUGAUGAUGAUGAUGAUGUCCCCACAAAACAACAUGAUGUCUCCAAUGAACAACCAACCCUCUCCUAACAAUGGCAUGUCAAAACCAUCAAAACCAAGAUCUGUUUACUAGAGAUUUAAUGUGGAUUUGUGUUAGUACCAAAGAGCUUUCGUAACUUCAGCUGGUGUCUUUCAGACAACCGAUUCAGUCACAGGAGAUGGACUUGGUAUGCUCAGGACUUGAGUACACAUGUACCGGGUACACUCUAUCCCAUUUGUGCCAAUCAAUGUAUAAAGUUAUAUAUAAUGUUCUGCUUUAAGUUGUGAUAUGUUGUUCACUGUUCAGCGACUUAUAAUGUGGCUUUUAUGAUUAAAAGCAUUUGUUAUCCGAAAUUACUUUCUAGUCAUAUUUUUCCUAACAAUAGCAUAGUCCGACACUAAAAUGAAAUGUGAAAACAUUUCAGCAUUAAAAAGAUGUAUUUUAGUAAACAUGUAGUUACCCUAACUUAGCGUUUUCUAAACAUUUUAGAAAAUUCUAAAAUACAGUUUACCAGGGUCUAAAUUUCCUGAUUAAAAUUUGUAUGUAGCAGCUGAUAAUUAGAAAAUGUGAAUGUAUGAAUGAGAAUUGUUUUAUUAUCAAUGUCAUGUUCAGAGAACACAUUCAAAAUAAAUUUUUUAAAAUUGUG